GCCGCCAUGCAGUCUGUGCUGGGGGUCCUGCUCGCCCUGGCUGCGGCCCUGGGCUCAGGCCACCGCUCGCCCCUCAAUGACUUCCAGUGCCUCCGAGCCACCGAGCUGCUGGCGGUGCCUGCGGACCCACCGCUGCCGCUGCCGGAGCGGGGCUCUGCGGAGCAGUGUGCCCAGCGCUGUGCCGCCAGCCUGGCUUGCCGGGCUUUCCACCAUGACCGGCAGAGCCAGCUGUGCCAGCUGCUGCCCUGGACCCAGCACUCGGCCCACGUCCAGCUGCAGAAAAACAUCCGCUACGACCUGUACCAGAAGAAAGACUACCUGCGGGACUGCAUUGUGGCCGACGGCUCCAGCUACCGCGGCACGCGGGCCACGACAGAGAAGGGUCUGCACUGCCAGCACUGGCAAGCCACGACACCCCAUGACCACAGGUUCCUGCCAUCCCCCCGCAAUGGGCUGGAAGAGAAUUACUGCCGAAACCCCGACCGGGACAAGCAGGGCCCGUGGUGUUACACCGUCGACCCCAAUAUCCGGCACCAGAGCUGCGGCAUCAAGAAGUGCGAGGAUGCCGUCUGCAUGACCUGCAAUGGGGAGGAGUACCGCGGCACCGUGGACCACACCGAGUCGGGGACGGAGUGCCAGCGCUGGGACCUGCAGCACCCGCACAAGCACCCCUACCACCCCAACAAGUACCCCGACAAGGGGCUGGAUGACAACUACUGCCGCAACCCCGACAGCUCCGAGCGGCCCUGGUGCUACACCACCGACCCCGGGCGGGAGCGCGAGUACUGCCGCAUCCGCCUCUGCAGUAAGUCCCCGCCGGUGUCAUGCGCAGCUGGGACCGGGGGUCCCGGGUGCCACCCUAACUCUGCUGCUCUGCCCCUCUCGGCCACGCAAGCAGAGAAACGCUCGCGGCCCCUCAAUGUCACCACUGGCUGCUUCAGGGGCAAGGGUGAAGGCUACCGGGGCCGGGUGAAUGUCACCGUGUCAGGGAUCCCCUGCCAGCGCUGGGAUGCCCAGAGCCCCCACCGGCACCAUUUUGCACCUGAGAAGUACCCAUGCAAGGAUCUCCAGGAGAACUACUGCCGCAACCCCGAUGGCUCGGAGGCACCGUGGUGCUUCACCGCCCGCCCUACUGUCCGCAUCGCCUUCUGCUUCCACAUCCGCCGCUGCCCCGACGAGCUGGGCGCCCAAGAGUGCUACCACGGCCACGGCGAGCGCUACCGUGGCCACGUCAGCAAGACACGCAACGGCAUCACCUGCCAGCCGUGGGCUACCCAGGUGCCCCACGUGCCCCAGAUCUCACCUGUCACCCACCCCGAGGCACACCUGGAGGAGAACUACUGCCGCAACCCCGAUAACGACAGCCAUGGCCCCUGGUGCUACACCAUGGACCCCCGCACCCCCUUCGACUACUGCGCCAUCAAGCCCUGCUCCGGCAGCAUGGUGCCCUCUGUCCUGGAGAAGGCAGACAUGGUGGCGUUUGAGCAGUGCGGCCGGCGGGACGAGAGGCUGCAGCAGAAAGGGCGCAUCGUCGGCGGCCAGCCCGGCAACUCACCCUGGACCGUCAGCAUCCGCAACCGGGCCGGUGUGCACUUCUGCGGGGGGUCCCUGGUGAAUGAGCAGUGGGUGAUCAGCACGCGCCAGUGCUUCUCCUCCUGCGACGCUGACCUGGCGGGCUACGAGGUGCAGCUGGGUACACUAUUCAAGGACCCUGGCCCUGGGGACCCCAACCAGCAGACCAUCCCCAUCGCGCGGAUCGUCUGCGGCCCCUCUGAGUCGCAGCUAGUGAUGCUGAAGCUGGCGAGGCCGGCCGCUCUGAACAGGCGCGUGGCCCUGAUCUGCCUGCCGCCCGAGCGCUACGUCGUGCCCGCGGGCACCGUCUGCGAGAUCGCCGGCUGGGGGGAAACCAGAGGCACGGCGGACGGCGGCGUGCUGAACGUGGCGCGCCUGCCCGUGCUGGCCCACGGCGAGUGCAACGCGGCGCUGCGUGGGCGCCUGAAGGAGAGCGAGCUGUGCACCGCCCCGCUGCGCGCCGGUGUGGGGGCCUGCGAGGGAGAUUACGGGGGGCCGCUGGCUUGCCUCACCGCCGACUGCUGGGUGCUGGAGGGAGUGAUCACCCCCUCCCGCGUCUGCGCCCGCACCGACCAGCCCGCUCUCUUCAUCCGCGUCUCCCUCUACGUCGACUGGAUCCACAAGGUGAUGAAGAUGGGCUGA